AUGUCAUUCCCUUGUGUCGACAAGCUUGCCUCACGCACGAUUGAACUUGACGAUAACGGCCCCGAGCCUAGCUACGAUCGCGUCGUUACCGGCUAUGAAACCUUUGAAUACCCCAAGCCAUUCCUCCUCGAUCACGGUGGCAUUUUACCCAAGUUUGACAUUGCCUAUGAAUCGUGGGGCGAGUUGAAUGCCAAGCGAGACAAUGCCAUUUUGAUUCACACUGGCCUGUCUGCUUCUUCCCACGCCAAGUCGCACGCCAAAAAUACAAAGCCGGGUUGGUGGGAGGAGUUUAUCGGUCCAGGACGCUACUUGGAUACCAACAAGUUUUAUGUGAUUUGUACCAACGUGAUUGGCGGUUGCUAUGGAUCGACGGGCCCAUCAUCCAUCGAUCCAGCUGAUGGGGAGCGCUAUGCUACCCGAUUUCCGAUUAUCACGGUGUUUGAUAUGGUGCGUGCACAGUUCUUAUUGUUAGACCAUAUGGGCAUUGACAAGCUCCAUGCAAGUGUUGGAAGCAGCAUGGGCGGUAUGCAGUCGAUUGCUGCAGCCUCGCUGUUCCCAGAUCGCGUCAAGCGUUUGAUCAGUAUUUCAGCAUGCGCGCGGUCACAUCCUUAUUCGAUUGCUUUACGACAUACUCAACGUCAAGUACUGAUGGCUGAUCCUAACUGGAACAAGGGCUUUUAUUAUAACGGAGUGCCCCCACAUGUGGGCAUGAAACUGUCACGAGAAAUUGCUACGAUCAGCUACCGAUCAGGCCCUGAAUGGGAACUCCGGUUUGGUCGUAAACGCGCACAAGAAAGCCAAACUCCAGCACUGUGCCCCGACUUUUUGAUCGAGACGUAUCUGGAUCAUCAAGGCGAACGCUUCUGCCUGCAAUACGACGCCAAUUCCUUGCUUUACAUUUCCAAGGCCAUGGAUAUCUUUGACAUGUCCAAGUCAUCCAUAGACGCAUUGAAGGACAAUCGACGAAGGAACGGACACAAGAUCGAAAAGCUUCUGCACGAGAAACAAACAUUUGCCCAAGUUGUGGGCGAUCAGUCUGCUCUCGAGAUGCAUGAUGCUGGUGCUGCACCAAGUGCUACGACGGCCGCUGAAAAGAAGCGACCUACACUGACGACUUUGACGGAAACGGAUCCGGCUGUCCAGGACUUGAUUGACGGCAUGAGAAACAUCACAAUGCCUACCCUGAUUCUUGGUGCCCAGUCUGAUAUCCUGUUCCCCGUGUGGCAGCAAAAGGAGAUUGCCGAAUGCCUCAGGGCAGGAGGCAACAAGCGUGUCACAUACUAUGAGCUAGAUGCCAUGUUUGGUCAUGAUACGUUUUUGAUUGAUCGCGUCAGUGUUGGUGGUGCAAUCAAGGGUCAUUUGGAGUUACUAGACUGA